GCAUGAGAACUAUACCAUGGAUAUUCUAAAAAUAAAAGUAGAUAAUUUAAGAAAAAAUAAAAAAAUAAAAAUAUUUUUCUAAUUAUUUGAGAAUAUGGAUAAAUAGUGAAAUUUCAACUAUAAGUUAUACUCAGGGGCCCAAAACAAAAGCAAAGCAAAUCGACAAUGGAGCCCAUUACAGAGCAAACUGGUCUUUUAUCCAAAAAAAAACAGCUUCAAGACAUGUAGAGCGAUAAACCAAGCAAGCAAGAGAUGAUAAAGCAAGGACUUCUUCAAUGGAGUUCUUCUCCCUUAAUUUCCCUCCAAAUCCCAAGAACAAGAAACCCCUUUUCACCAAUCAAAGCAACUAUUGAAUCUGCAAGUACACGAGAGCUCACAGCUAGAGAGAGAAGACAACUAAGGCAAGAGAGAAGAGAAAGCAAAGCAGGAUACAGCUGGAGAGAAGAAGUAGAAGAGAGACUGAUAAAAAAGCCCAAAAAGGUUAAACUUACUGCAGGAGAGGCUCGUAAUCUUGAUAAUCUGGCUGACUUGGGUCCUCAGUGGUACGCAGUUCGGGUCUCUCGGGUCAGGGGUGACCAAACCGCUGAGCUCAUUGCUCGGUUGCUGGCUAGGCACUAUCCUCAUUUGGAAUUUAAGGUCUAUGCCCCAUCUGUCAAGGUUAAGACAAAAUUGAAAAAUGGUACCUAUUCAAUUAAAUCAAAACCGAUAUAUCCCGGAUGUGUUUUUCUAUGGUGUGUAUUAAACAAAGAGUUACAUGACUUCGUAAGAGAGGAAUGUGCUGGAGUUGGUGGCUUUAUUGGUUCAAAAGUUGGAAAUAAUAAAAGACAAAUUAACAGGCCAAGGCCAGUGUCUGUUGAGGACAUGGAAGAAAUCUUCAGAGAAGCGAAGGAGGAACAAGAAAAGUAUGACCGAGAAUUUGAGGAAGAGCAGCAAAAAGAGGGAGUGCCUAACUCUUUGAAGUUAGCUGACGAUGAUGUUACCAAAUUAGUUACAGACUCCAAAUCCACAAGGGGAUUCCAAAAAGUUUCUGAUUCUCCAGCAAAUGAUUCUCCUAGGAAAAAGACUAGCAAGCUGCCAACAGCUGGUUCAACUGUUCGGGUUGUAUCUGGGACUUUUGCAGAAUUUGUAGGCACCCUUAAGAAACUAAACCGCAAGACUGGAAAGGCAACUGUGGGAUUUACACUUUUUGGUAAAGAAACUUUAAUAGAACUGGAUCGCCGUGAAAUUGUUGCGGAGAAUGAGUAAAUAUAUGGUUUCUCAUGUUGAAUGCAGCUGGGAUGACAAAUGUCCUGAACAGAGCGCCAUUCUUCUCCAGUAGACAAAGCUGUCGAGAACUAAAGAAGCUUUGGUUUCUACUAAAGCCAUUUUGUACACAACUGUGCAGUCUUCCAUAUCUUUUCCCAAGGCCUGUAGCAGUCCAAGAAAUAAGCACCUUUCACGUUUCAAGACAACGGCUCAUAAAUGAAAGCUAUCUAUGUUAAGAUUUUAAUCAACAUUGGAAUCCAUCACAAAUACUAAUCCAUGUAUCUAGAUAAGACAAAGAGAUGCAGAAGUAUGUAAGUUAUCGACUUGUCUUUACCAACAUUACAUAACCAGGUAAGACCCAAAUUGCCUUAGUUCAAUUAUAAUGUGCUUCUUAUUCUUGAUCUCAAUAAAACAUAUGUUCUAUUGAAUAAAGGGACUUCAGAGUUCAGACAAAAAUUGUCAGUCA